AUAUCUUCCCAUCAAGGCGUGAAGAAGGGAGGUCUUUGCACUUCUCUAAGGCUAUGGGUGCAGGAUUGAUGUUGAGUUUUCUGCUUCUUUAGCACUCCUAGAGCAUGUUGUUGAGGCUACCAAGUACUUCAUCAUUAUAGUCAGUUUUGGGCGGCUUUUCCAUGCGUCAGUAUAUUUCAGAACUUAUGCCAUUAAUUGUUGAAGCUCUACUGGAUUGGGUUGCCAUUACCAAAUAUGAAUUGGAUGUUUCAACACUUGGUCAAGUUGUACUGAGUACAGGAUAUGUCAUUACUCCAUACAAAGAGUAUCCUCAGUUGCUUGGGUUUCUCUUGAAACUGCUCAAUGGUGAACUGGCUUAGUCAACAAGAAGAGAGGUUUUGAAGGUUCUUGGCAUCAUGGGUGCUUUAGAUCCCCAUGUGCACAAGCGCAAUCAGCAAAGCUUACCUGGAUCCAUGGUGAAGUUACACGGGUGACUGGUGAUCCUGGUCAACAUAUAAGAUCAAUGGAUGAAUUGCCUACGGAUCUCUGGCCAUCCAUUGCAACAUCUGAGGAUUAUUAUUCCACUGUUGCUAUCAACUCACUCAUGCGGAUUCUCAGGGAUCCAUCUCUGUCAAGUUACCACCAGAAAGUGGUUGGAUCUCUUAUGUUUAUUUUCAAGGUCUGGAGACUCAGUUGGGCAUGUCACAAACAGUUCACCUGGUUGUCCACGCCCGGCAGACCCUCCCAUUUGCACCCUUUUUACAGAGCAAAGGUUUUGCCUGAUCUCUUUGACAUUGUACGCAUAUGUGAGGAUGGUCUAAAGGAAUUUAUAACAUGGAAACUUGGAACCUUGGUAUCUAUUGCACGACAACACAUCCGUAAAUAUCUGCCAGAGUUUCUCUCUCUGCUAUCAGAAUUAUGGUCAUUGUUCAGCUUGGCUGUUGCUAACAGACCUGUUCACAUUGCUCCUAUUCUGCAGCUCGUGGAGAAACUUUGCUUGGCACUCAAAGAUGAAUUCCGAAAGUAUCUUCCUGAUAUACUUCCCUGUUGUAUUCAAGUUCUUACUGAUGGGGGAGAGGUUUAAUGACUAAACAUAUGUUAUUCUUAUUCUCCACACCCUUGAAGUUUUUUGUGGGACAUUAGAUGAAGUAAGCCAUGGUGCAAUCAAAACUCUUACAAGAUUGAUAGCUUGUGUACAGGGGAAAAUAUCCUUCAUGAACGCGCUUGAAGAAACCAAGUGAGCUUUGCCUAUUUGAAUGUCUUCAUUUAGGGGAAGAAGUUUGCUAAACCUGAACUCAAAUCAUGUAUUGAGGAGUUUGAAGAAUAGUUGAAUAAAUUCGACAUUGAAAGGAAGGAACAAGAACUUACUGCCAAAAAUGCUCAAAGCCAUCAACAGAAAGUGGAGAGCUUGGAGAACAUCACGGUGACUGCAAAAGAAGAAGAGGAAAAGGUGAAUCUGAAAUUACUGGUGCCUACACUCUAUCAUAAACUCUGGCACAGUCCUGGAAUAAUUUAUAUCUUCCUUAAUCUCCUUGUGCAGUGCCUUGUUUGAAAUACUCGAGUCCAUCCUGGCUACUAACUAAAUCUCUGGAAGGUCUUCGUGCGAGUCAACUUGCAU